AUGGAAAAAAUAACAGAAAAUCAUAACAAUAUUCAAAAUUUCAAGGGAGACCAAUUGAAUAUAGACAGAAACAAAAACCUAUAUGUCGCUGGAAGAAUAAGCGCUGUAGCUCUUAAAGGUUUUUUAAAAAUAGCAAAAUUUUGUUUUAUACCCACAGUCUCUGCCGCUGCAAAAGAUGAUACUCCUAAAAAACCUCCGCCGAUGAAAUACAAAGACUUACCCAUUUACGAAUGCCCUCAUUAUCGAUGGAAAGAGUUUGAAAAUGAUAAAAUCAAGUGCCCAGACAGAAAAGUCACCCACGAAUUCCUCUUACCGACAGUAACAGAAUACCGCAAACAAGUAUCAGAAAUUAUCAACACAGCUACUAAAGAAUUGAAGGACACUUAUACAGAAAUCUCUAGAGAUUAUAGAGCUGCUGAAAAGAAGAUUCUGAGCAAAAUGAGAUCACCGGAAUAUAAGAAUCAGAGAAUGGCUUUCGUGGGCGCUGCGGGUAUUGCUGGUUUCCUAAAAGGAAGAUACGUACUUAAGCGUAUAUUUCUAUCUAGUGCUCUGUUAUUCGUGACGGGAUCCCUUUGCUUUCCAGAAGAGACUGAUGAAGCCACUAGGACAGUCUUCUAUAUGAUUGGGAAGGCGUUUGUGCCUUUGUACAACUUCUAUUUUAACACAGAUUGGUUAAUGAGGGAAAGAGUGCCCUGUGAAAGGGAUCUGCCUAAGAUACCUAGUCCACCUACUAAACCUUUACCUGCGUGUCAACCACCGAAAAAGUGA